AUGUCCAAAAUGGCAGUGACACCACGUCCAAAGAGAAGGCAGAGAACGCAGGAGAUGGAGCUUACACCAUCGCCGCCGCAGAGGAGAUCUUCUCGUCGUCAGACUUUGGAAGAAGUCUGUGAGAAACCGGUAGACAUGGCCGCGACACCCACAAAGAGAAAGAGAAUCAGUCAACACCCCGAACUCACAGCCACACCACCGAAGUUGCCAAGAGCCAGGCAAGGCAUUGACCCCCAACAGGUUGCGGAGAAGGCUGCGAAGACGUUGACAGAAGAAGUGCAGGAUGUCAAAGAGACUAAGGAGAUGAGCCAGACGAAAGCUAUGUUACUCUUGCUUUUUGAUGGCAUUGAGACCGUGUUGCAGCUCAGAGCUUCCAGGUACAGGAUCACCUCGUUCGAAAACCUUCAGCAGAGUGUUGAGGCUUCAACUGCUCGAGACUUGACAACAGAACGUCUACAGCAGGUCUUGGCUUUGGCUGGUGGCAUGUUGGAAGCCGUGUGGAUUGGCACCGAAAAUCCCUACUUGUCAGUAGAGCAACGAGACAAGGAAGGAAAGUUCCUGCGGCCAGAAGGGGCUGAAGUGUCUGAGCGCAGGGUCAAGUUUCAGCAAGCUCUUGCCGCUGUGACAUUUGUCGGAGCAGACCCAAGUAAGUCGAUUCCCUCAAAACCGCUUCCACCACCACCUGCUCCACCUGCUCCUCCUGCUCCGGCCUCGUUGAGAUCUGAAUCUGAGCCGGUGGCCCCUGAAGUGGGGAGGGUCGCAGCAGCGAAGCUGUCCGAGCUGGCCCAACUGCCCAGUUUAAGGCGCACUGGUAGUUACAAGCAACGCAUGGAAGCGGUGAAAGCAAGAAUCAUAGCCAAGAAGGCAAUUGUGGAGAAGGAGCAGAAGCACCAUGCAGAAUUCCAACGGCUCCUAGAUGGCAUCAGUGCUUGUGAAGAUGUUUCGACUGCCAGGGAGAUUCUUGUCCAUUUGUUUGCUCAGCCUGGUGAGGGGAAGGUGGCAGUCGUAGCAGAAAAGAAGAUCCUUGGAGCACUGUGCUCUUGUUCCUAUGCUGAGCAGUGCACUCGGAUGGUCAGCCUUGAAGCAGGCAGGGCUGCAUUGGCGCAGCUCAAAGAGCUCGGAGAAGGCGCUUGGUUCUCCGUGAUCCCUGCUCAGCACUCGAGUGACGUUUUCUGGCGCAGGAUUCAGGGAGGGAAUGAUGCAGCAGUGCGUGCCACUUUGAGCACCAAGAUGCGAGAACUUCAGGAAGAGAAGAGACAACUCGUCUCUUCUGGCUGGUGCCCAUCUUUAGAGAAGCAGAGGGUGUGA